CGACAACCGGAAGUAUGUUCCAGUCGGGUUCAGUGUUUUUUUUGUUUAUUUUUUUUGUCGGUGCAGCUCACUGAUGUCUAUGGGGCUAAGCUAAGCUAGCUACAACAAGCUGAUGUAAAGUGAGUUAACAUUUAUCUAACAGUGGCGAUGAAUCCGUCGCCAACUUAAUCUGGCAAGUGCUUUGUCUGCGAAUUUACUAGUAUGCAAAAAACAACUUCGCUGUGGAAGUAGCAGCUGGAAUAAGCUGACUAGCAUGUUGGACGUGGGAAAGUGGCCGGUCUUUGCACUCCUUCCUCCAGAGGAACUAAGGCGUAUCCGGCAGGCUUGUGUGUUUGGCAGCGCUGCAAAUGAAGCUCUUUUUGUCACCGUUAAUGAUGAGGUGUUUGCUCUAGGCACCAACUGCAGCGGCUGUUUAGGGCUUGGAGACCUUCAAAGCACUAUUGAGCCACGCAGGAUUGAUGUGUUGUGUGGAAAGAAGAUUGUGUCCUUAAGCUAUGGAACAGGUCCACAUGUGGUUGUUGCUACAGCAGAUGGAGAAGUGUUUGCCUGGGGCCACAAUGGCUACAGCCAACUUGGCAAUGGGACCACCAACCAUGGACUGACCCCUGCUCUGGUGUCCACCAAUCUUCUUAGCAAGAGAGUCACUGAGGUAGCUUGUGGUUCCCAUCACACCAUAGCUCUCACAACUGAUGGAGAGGUGUUUGCAUGGGGUUACAAUAAUUCAGGUCAAGUAGGUUCUGGGUCUACUGCCAACCAGCCCACACCACGCCGCGUCAGCAGCUGUUUGCAGAACAAAGUGGUGAUUAACAUCGCCUGUGGUCAACUCUGCUCCAUGGCUGUACUGGACAACGGGGAGAUUUAUGGUUGGGGCUAUAAUUGUAAUGGACAGCUUGGUUUGGGCAACAAUGGAAAUCAGCAGACUCCAUGCAGGAUCGCUGCCCUCCUGGGUAUCAACAUUGUGCAGGUUGCCUGUGGAUACGCACAUACAUUGGCAUUGACAGAUGAAGGGUUUGUUUACGCCUGGGGGGCCAACUCAUAUGGGCAGCUGGGAACAGGCAACAAGAGUAACCAAGCUGUUCCCACCCUUAUAACCACAGACAAGGAGAGAAUGGCAGAGGUGGCUGCAUGUCACACCAGCCAUACGUCUGCUGCCAAAACCCAGAGCGGACAAGUACUGAUGUGGGGUCAGUGUCGAGGUCAAGCCGUCUCUAGCCCAUACCUCACCCAUUUCAGCAGUAUAGAUGACGUAUUUGCCUGCUUUGCCACACCAGCUGUCACAUGGCACCUCCUCUCAGUGGAUGGAGAUGACUACCUGACUGUUGCCCAGUCUUUGAAGAAGGAAUUUGACAGUCCAGAGAUUUCAGACCUGAAGUUCUUGGUUGAAGGGAAAUGCAUCCAUGUUCACAAAGCCCUGCUUAAAAUCAGGUGUGAGCAUUUCCGUGCACUGCUGAAUGAAACUGAUGAAGAGUCCAUAGAAAUCCACCAGUUUUCGUACCAGGUGUACAGAGCCUUUCUGGAGUACCUGUACACAGACACCAUUAACCUGCCACCAGAGGAGGCUAUUGGACUGUUGGACUUGGCUACAUUCUACAGAGAGACUAGGCUGAAGAGGCUUUGCCAGGAAACCAUUAAGAGAGGCAUCGCUGAAGAGACGGCCAUCACUCUGCUCUCUGCUGCUGUCAAAUACGAGGCACGGGAUCUGGAGGACUUCUGCUUCAAGUUUUGUGUUAAUCACUUAACAGCUGUCACACAGACUCAGGCCUUUGUAGACAUGGACCACGGCCUGCUGAAGAACUUUAUUAGUAAAGCCAGCCGCUACGGGGCCUUUAAAAACUGACUGAAGUCCCUCACGGGGAUGGCUUCAAUGUGACCAUGUGCACUGAGGUUUCAGCAGCGCAUGCCAGAAUGUGGAAUUGUGGCUUGUGAAGGGCCAACAGAUUUUGUUGUUGUUGUUGAAGCCCUUCACUUGAGCAGAUAAUUUCACUGAUUAGUUCUUCCCCUUGACCGAAACAUGCCGGGUUGCAGUAAAAACCUACAGCCUGUUUCCUUUCACAACACGUUCCUGCCCUACACUGAACUAAACAGGAGGUUCACUUCUUCAGUACCUUGUCAUUUAGAGUGUAGACACCAGAUGCAAAAAGCCAAAUUAUGUUUCCAGUUCUUUCCAGUGUGCAAGAGUCAUCUGGUGCGUGACCCAAUUUUUUUAUCCGACUUUAUUGCAUGGCGUAUGCAGAAGCCGCUGGGAAGAUCUGCAAAGGGCUGGAAGGUUGAUUUUACUUUAAGAUUAUGUCCCCAUUCAAGAAGGUCACAGUGGGAAUUAUUCUGGAAAUGUGUGUUUUGUCUCACAAACUUGCAGUCAGGUCAGACUGAUCUUCAGUAUAAACCCUGUCUUAUACAGUGCUUACACUCCAAGGAGUCAGGCUUCAGCCUAAAGCUGUCUGCGAACAAUGGUGAUUUGGGCUUCUUUUCCACUAAAACUUUCUGUAAGCAUGAUGAUCCUGCAUUUAGUUUAAUUUAUUCUCUCUUGUGUGGUCCUGCCCAUAGUGUGCAUGGUGUGCAAGCAUUCUUUGAAUGUCUUAUGGUAUGCAUCACUGCAGAUAGUGGAGCACAUUGGUCAGGGGUCCCUGAAGAGCUGGAUGCAGCUGUACUGUUUUGGGCACCAGCUUCAUCUAAUCACCACCAAGUUAUGACGUGAAACUGACAUUUGAGUAGACCUGAAUUAGAUGAUGAUUUGAGCCACUACUCUGUGGGCGCGUGCACGCAGCAGGUUUAAUGUGUCAUGAAAAGCACUUUGGUGUCACACACACACGGACUUUUGCAAAGAGGGACCAGUGAGAAAGCUGAUUUAUUACUUUGUUCUUUUUUCUGUCUCUGAAGAACUGACAGUACAUUUGGCUAUUGUUGGGUGAAUGUAUACUUGAAAAUGCUGUAUGAAAUAUAGUCGACUGCAUUAUGGGGAUUUGAUCUUGGAUGUAAGCAGUGGUGGGCACAGCUAAGCAAAA